UUUGCGAAACCUGGGGGCGCCGCUGCAAGCUUUCAGCGAGAGAGGAGGGUGCAGUGGAGGGGCCCUUGGCACCUUCCGAGCCUGCGCCCAGAUGCUGCGAGCCCUGACCGGUGCCCUGCGCCUUCCACGCCCCUGGAGACCCCUUCAGACCCGCAGCUGCGCCUCCGAUGGGGCGGCUGGGGACCCGGAGAUCCAAGUGCGCGUCCUGGCAGGUCCAGACCAAGGAAUCACGGAGAUCCUGAUGAACAGACCAAGUGCCCGUAAUGCCCUGGGGAAGGUCUUGGUCAGUGAGCUUCUGGAAGCUCUGGCCCGGCUGCGGGAGGACCAGCAAGUACGCGUUCUGCUAUUCAGAAGUGGAGUGAAGGGUGUAUUCUGUGCAGGUGCAGACCUGAAGGAACGGGAGCAGAUGAGUGAGGCGGAAGUGGGGAUCUUUGUCCAGCGGCUCCGAGGCCUGAUGAAUGAGAUUGCAGCCUUCCCGGCACCCACUAUUGCGGCUAUGGACGGGUUUGCCUUGGGUGGAGGCCUGGAACUUGCCCUGGCCUGUGAUCUCCGAGUAGCAGGUACUGGGCAGAAGAAGAGGUGGGACAGGGUGAGGAGGGAAGAAGUAAAGCAGGCUUCCUCGGCUGUCAUGGGGCUGAUUGAGACCACCCGAGGGCUCCUCCCAGGAGCAGGAGGGACUCAGAGGCUGCCUCGAUGUCUAGGAGUGGCCCUGGCAAAGGAACUCAUCUUCACAGGCCGAAGACUGAGUGGUGCACAGGCUCAAGCCCUGGGGUUGGUGAACCACACUGUUCCCCAGAAUGAGGAGGGCAAUGCCGCCUACCACCGGGCAAGAGCGCUGGCCCAGGAGAUCCUGCCCCAGGCACCCAUUGCUGUGCGGCUGGGCAAAGUAGCCAUUGACAGAGGAAUGGAUGUGGACAUCGCAUCAGGGAUGGCCAUUGAAGGGAUAUGCUAUGCCCAGAACAUCCCCACCCAGGACCGGCUAGAGGGCAUGGCAGCCUUCAGGGAGAAGCGGCCCCCCAGAUUUGUUGGCAAAUGACUCCCAUUUAAGUAUGGGAGAUGCAAACCAUCAAGGGCAAGAUCCACAAGGACAAUGAUAGAUAUAAAACAACUGGCAUGGUGUCUGAUACCAAGGUACUGACCAUGCCACUGACUGCUACCUUCGUUAUUCCUUAUCCUGGGGCUAGAUGACCACUGGGGUCAAGUUAGCUUUGGAGAAUAUCUGUCUCUCCCUAUUUGAAUGGUAAACUAAGGAUUAAAAUAGAUCACUCUGGGUCUUUAUAUUAUUGACUCUCAGGCCUGGCCUGACCUCUGCCACUCAAUUAUCGGGUGCUCACCAGAGACAGCAAAAGGUUGUAAGAACCCUCCAGUUUCUUCCUCCAUACAAUAGGGAUAAUAUGGAAACCCUGGUCAUGGUAGAACAGGCAUCAGGAAUCAGACUGCAGAUCCCAGCUCUCCUAGUUAUUCAUUGUGUGCCUCAGCUUCUUCAGCUGCAAAAUGAAACUGUUAAAAACAAAAAAGCCUAUGCCUCAUGUUCAAUAAAUGUGAGUUAUUAUUACUGUA